AAAAACAGAAGGAUGGCAAAGUUUAUGUCAUCCUUACACAACUGCCACUUGUUGCUGAUAGCAUAUCUGUAUUUACCCUUGGGAUGGUUUUUUCCAAGGUGAUAAGGUGGGUCCGUAUUUUAAUUUGAAUUCAGGAUGGCAGGGAUACAUUAUAGUCAAAAUCCAAGGGCAGAAAUGGUUGGACCCAGUAAAGUAUCCUGAGGUGGGUAAAGUAAGGCCUGGUGUUCCACUUAUUGUGAUGAAGAGACAAAGAUCAUGGGGGAGCUGGGAGCUCCUGGGAAGCAACACAGAGGACAACACAGACAACAGUGAACAGGAUGAAUCCUCCUCCUUGAGGUCAUCUUGGUCCCUGGCAGACACCAUGAACUACGUGGGACAGCUGGCAGGUCAGGUUAUAGUAACUGUCAAAGAACUGUACAAAGGCAUCAAUCAGGCCACUUUGUCAGGCUGUAUUGAUGUUGUGGUGGUCCGCCAGAGAGAUGGCACUUACCAGUGUUCACCAUUUCAUGUGCGCUUUGGCAAGCUGGGUGUACUGCGCUCCAAAGAAAAAGUGAUCGACAUCGAAGUGAAUGGAGAGCCUGUCGAUCUACAUAUGAAGCUCGGUGACAAUGGAGAAGCCUUUUUUGUCCAGGAAACUGAAGAGGAGAAUCAGAUAGUCCCUGCCCACCUGGUUACUUCCCCAAUUCCCACAGAGAGUCAUCUAUUCUGGAUCUCAGAAGUUGAACAAAGGGCGCAAAAAGAUCCAAAUGAUGACCCUAUUGACCCCGAGGACCCACCUGAACCUCCUGCCCCCAGUAAUACAGCUACAAAAAAGAAGAAAAAACGAAGAAAGAAGCACAAAGGUGACCCCCGUAGAGAAGAGCUCACCCCACCAAUGUCAGUCACCUUCGCUAACUCUGUUGCUGCUACACCUGCUGCUAUCUCUAACAAUGGGCAGAAUGAUGAAAUCUUUGAGAUGGACCUGAGCUCUGAUGAAGAAGCUGCUGCACUUCUCUCGAGGUCGCCUUCAAUUUCCACAAUUCGUGACAUUGACCCCAAAUUACCUGCAGCUCGACCUAGCCUUGAAGGUUAUCCAUUGUCUGAUGUUGAAUGGCCAGCAGGUGAAAGUCAUGGCUUGUCUCAGGCCUUUUCCCCAAAGAGUGAUUCAGAACUUGUGAUGAGUCCUUCAGAGAGUUUGCUCAGAGCCGAGUCCCACAUGCAGUGGACCUGGGGAGAGUUUCCAGAAACAACUAGGGUCACCAAGAAAGAGAAACCAGAACCACUAAAAAAAGUUACCAUCACCCCUUCAGAGAGCACCCACUUCCGUGUCAUCCUCAGCUCAGAGGCCAUGGAAGCAGAAAGAGAGGCUGAAAAAGAAGACAAUACUCCCUCAGUGUGUACAAUAGUCAAACCUGAGCCACGCACUCCCAUCACCACUGUAACAGCUGGUAAUUCACUAUCAUCUGUCAGCACCUUAACCUCCACGAGUCCCAUAACCCCCACGGAGCCUCURGAUGUCCUUACACCCAGUGUGACGACCUCCACCCCUUCAAACAGUCAACUGACUGAUUCACCUUCUAAAAAGAAAGGAGUCCCAAAAAGGAGUCAGCACCAGGGACCUGAAGAUAUCUAUCUAGAUGACCUGAAUGUACUUGAACCUGAUGUAGCUGCAAGAUAUUUUCCUAAGAGUGAGUUCGAGGCAACGUCYAAGCAUUGGAUGGAUUCAGAGAUGSGCUCUGGUUCACAGUCUCCWCAGUCUGUGGGUAGUGUGGCAGCUGACAGUGGGACWGAGUGUCUUUCUGACUCAGCCAGUGACCUCCCUGAUGUUACUCUUUCUCUUUGUGGAGGUCUUACAGAAAAUUCUGAAAUUUCCAAAGAAAAAUUCAUGGAACAUAUCAUCACAUAUCACGAGUUUGCAGAAAAUCCAGCAAUUAUMGAUAACCCCAACUUGGUAGUAAGAAUAGGAAAUAGGUAUUAUAACUGGACACUAGCUGCACCAUUGAUACUAAGUCUGCAGGCAUUUCAGAAGAAUUUACCAAAGGCAACAGAAGAGGCCUGGGUAAAGGAAAAAAUGCCAAAGAAGUCAGGUCGUUGGUGGUUUUGGCGAAAGAGGGCAGACAGUACAGUCAAGCAGUCGGAGACUAAACCUGAAAUGAAGGAGCAGUCUCAGUUAGAUGAAGGACCAUCCAUAUCUCAGGAAAACCUGCCUUUACCGUCUAAAGCAGGAGACACUUCUAGUGAUGAAGAGGCCAAGGAGAUCAGUGCUGCAUCCUGUCAGGAGAGGCUGCAGGCUGGAGACGGUCAGCACCAUUCAAGCCCACACACUUAYAGGAAGUCACUGCGUCUUUCCUCCGAUCAGAUAGUCAGCCUGAAACUAAAGGAAGGGCCAAAUGAUGUGAUGUUUAGUAUUACCACUCAAUACCAGGGCACAUGUCGCUGUGAGGGAACCAUCUACCUGUGGAACUGGGAUGACAAAGUCAUUAUUUCUGACAUUGAUGGCACCAUUACAAAGUCUGAUGUGUUUGGACAAAUUCUGCCACAGCUGGGAAAAGACUGGACCCACCAGGGCAUUGCCAAACUGUACCACUCUGUAGCUGAGAAUGGCUACAAGUUCUUGUACUGCUCAGCUCGGGCUAUCGGCAUGGCUGACAUGACCAGAGGUUACCUGCAGUGGGUCAAUGACGGAGGCACCAUCCUGCCACGAGGACCUCUCAUGUUAUCUCCCAGCAGCCUCUUCUCUGCAUUCCACAGGGAGGUUAUUGAGAAGAAACCAGAGAUCUUCAAGAUUCAGUGCCUCACAGACAUCAAGAACCUGUUUCAGCAUAACAAGCAGCCAUUCUACGCCGCCUUUGGGAAUAGAACUAAUGAUGCGUUUGCCUAUAAGGAGGUUGGAGUCCCACUAUGUAGGGUCUUUACAGUUAACCCCAAGGGUGAGCUGAUCCAGGAGCAGACCAAAGGCAACAAGUCCUCUUAUGGGAGACUCAGUGAGCUGGUGGAGCACGUGUUUCCUUUGUUGAGUAAAGAGCAGAACGAGGCUUUUGUGAUGCCAGAGUACAGCUCCUUCUGUUACUGGAGACAGCCGCUACCAGAGAUCAACCCUGAUGAGCUGCUCUGACUGUGUUUGGUCAUCCAGGUAUACGUUUACAGGACAGGACUGGAGUUCAGCUCUUGAGCACACGUGGACUGAGACCCAUAGCACUUAGGCAUUCACAGCUCUCCAGUGUGUCUGAAACAGAAACAGGGUUACAAGAACAACAGACAAACUUGAACAUUAUAAAGCAAAACAAAAAUAAAGAAUACUCUGGCUGAGCUGCCACUGUAUURUCCACUCUAUUUAAUCCAGAGCUCUGGUCUGUCUGACCUUGACUGAAUUAAUUAUUUCUUUUUCCAAGUUUGUGUCAGGCAGAAUGAUUGUAUUAACCAUCAGGGGAGACACAGAAGAACUGCAUGAGGUGCUAAAUUUUGAGUUGAGAUUUUACUUUAACACAUUUCGUAAACACCUCCCCAAGAAGCAAAACGUGAUGUUAAAAAUGAAAAGGCUUGGCUGUUAUUUAUAACGAGAGGCAGUUGACACCAGAAGGAAGUGAARUUAUAUGUAUGUUUGCCAAAAAUGCAAGUAUUCACCCUUUUUAAUAAUAAUUUAAAAGUAACCUGKUUGUAGUGGCUGGCAGAUUACAGAUUACACCAACCAUGAGGCUUAUACUUGUUAAUUUCCAGGAGCCUACUGUAGCAAAGCAGCUUUAAGAGUUCAGUUUCUGGCUUGCAUCCCUGUUGAUGGAAAAAAAAAAUUACAGGCUCAAUUUCAGAGUUUUGAAUAGCAUACACAAUGAGUCCUAUUUGUUUUGUUUGUUUUCAAUUUGAAGAGAACACAAAAUAUGCCGAGUAUGUGAACAUCCACACUUGACUGAGAUUUGUGGGUCAAAUGAAGCAGCUUUCUAUCGUACUGUCUAACUGUUGGGUUAAGAUGUUUUCUGUUAACAAUGCAGUAAUUAUUUAUGAUAAUUGAAAUGUUAAGUUAUUGAUUUCUGUCAUAAAGCCUUUGCUGCUUUGCAAAAGUAAUUAUCACCAGUCUAAUGGAGGGGGUGGGAGAUGCUGAUGGUAUUUUGUGUAGUUAAACACAUUAACGUGCACUUAACAACAGCUGGGGAUUGUACAACCCUCCUGUAGUCACAUGCACCCCAGCAAACCGUUCUUUUGUUUUGACGUCGAAUCUUUAAAAUGUAAGGCACAUACAUAAUGCCUAACCUCAGAAUCCACAGCUUUAGUAUUAAAACAUAUGUAAAUAUAAGAUAUGACUUUUGAGUUGUAACAGUAGAAAUAAGCAGAUCUGAAAGGAGCUUAAACUGUAGGAUUUCUGUUCAGAAAGUCCUCUGGUGGAAUAAAAUAAGAUGAUGUAUGCGUGCGUGCGUGCGUGCAUACCUAACCGCUGCUGUUGGGGGUGACGGUUUCCUGCAMCUCCUCUUCUUUCUGUCCCCUCAGUUACCGAGACAUGUCAUGCGCACUUUGUGUAAGCUGCACCCUGAGACGCAGCCUUAAAACUCAGCACACCUUGCACCCACAUGCACUUCAUUGACAGUCUUACGACAGUUUAUCAAAGUAUGCAAUUAUGGCAGGAUAAAGAGCUCUAGUCUGACCUUUAUGACAUAUCAGUUUUAUCUCAAAUAUGUUCAAAUGAGUGAUUGGUGGAAGUUUUUUUUUUUUUUUUGAGACAAAAGGUGAGGUUGGUAAGAGCAUGGGGAAGACAUGAAGGUAGUAUCACCAUAGCUUCAGUAAGUGUGUGUUUGUGCAUUUUCAUUUGGUAUGAAAGAAAGAGACUGACUGCGUGCCUCAGAUAAACAAAGGAAGAGAGUUUAGUUCUUGUUAAAACAUAAACAGGAAAUGCAUGACUCUGUCCAGGAAGCUCUUUGAAGCACUGCCUUGGCGUUUAUGUAUGACUUUGGAAAUGAUCCACAAAGAUAGAUUAUAUCUCUCACACGGGUGUAACGUGAUAAGAUGUGCUUGACUGAAUAAGUAUGAUUGAGCAAAGCCAGUCAAUGGGCGAAGGGGGAAACAAAAGCACAAUGACAGCUACUUCUAGUUUAUCUCUUAGUUCUUUCAGUCAUGUUGAUGCAUUUGCUUUGUCGCUCUGCUGAUUUGUGGAUUAAGAUGUUUUGCUUCGCUUGCUUAGCUUGUUCUCUACAAAGUUUGAAGUUAGAUUUAUCUUAUAAUUAAUGAAGAAUUUAAUUCUUUCUAUGAAAGUAAAGCAUCUUGUGUGAAAGACUCACACUAUCCUCUAUUACCCUUAAAUAUUUGGUAUGUUCUCUCAUCUGCGGGAAAUGAUCUGGUAUAUAUGCUGAUCACAUUUUUCAGUCUUGUUGCCUUUUUUGUUUGUUUUAAAUGUAUUUGAUCUUUUGUGGAACUAUGUUCUGUUUGGAUGUAACGCUUGCUAUUUGAUUGUGUCUGACAAGUAGAAAAUACCUUAUAUGUAUGCUGUUUGAUUUGUAUUGAUGUGGUUUAAAGUAUGUUAAAAGAAAAUCCCUUGUGAGAAGAAAACAGGCCUAAUGAAGCUCGCAAUAUGUGUCUUGUGGUCCUAUUUGUAUUAAAUUUCUAACUGAA